AAAAUAUUGCAGGGAAUACUGCGAGUAUAGCGGUAUCCAUGGACUGAGAUAUUUCGGCGAAAAAAGAACUAUUUUUGAAAAACUGUGCUGGAUAGCGGUCUUCAUUACAAGCCUUCUGGUCUGCAUAGCCGUGAUCUAUCAAACUUACAAAAAAUGGCAACAUCAACCCAUCAUGGUUAACUUUUCGUCUGACGAGAGAAACAUCAACGAAAUACCCUUUCCGACUGUAACGAUUUGUCAAGAAAUUCGAAUAUCCAGAGGUUAUUUCAAUUAUUCAAAUAUUCUGAAAAAGAUCGUCGAUAACGAAAAGGUAGACCCGAUAGAUUUGUUACGACUACAGUAUAUGUCAUUACUUUGUGCUGAUGGUAAAAUUUUUAAGGACAAGAUUCCAAAUGUGACUACGAUUGACGAAGAUUUCUACGAAUUUCUCGCCAAAGGUACCAAACCAUUUUUAAAAGCAUGCGCUUGGAUGGGCACAAAGCUUGAAUGCAAUCAAAUUUUUCGACCAAUUAUUACAGAUGAAGGACUUUGUUAUACGUUCAACAUGUUGGAAAACGAAGACAUAUUUAGUGAUGUAUCGUACAUUCCAGAUUUUAAUCACAAUCGUUCUAUUUUAUACCCCAGUGUUAAGAAUUGGUCUAUUGAUAACGGUUAUUCAGCAGAAGCUCAGGUACAUACUUACCCUAGAAGAGCUCUGCUUGCUGGUUACACUAACGCUCUAGUGGUAAAUAUGAAGAUAAACGUCGCAGACAUAGAUUAUGCUUGUACUAGUUUUCAAGGUUAUCAAGUAGUUCUGCACCAAUCCAUUAGGUAUCCGAUCGUCCAAAUUCACUAUUUUCGUGUACCAUUAAGGAAAGCCGUAAUUGUGGCUAUUACACCCACACAAAUGAUGAAUUCCGAGGAAGUGAACGAUUACAGUAUCGACAAGAGGGAAUGCCUUCUUCAGGGAGAAAAGAAACUCAAGUUUUUCCGGAAUUAUACUCAAAAUAAUUGCGAAUUGGAAUGCGUAGCUAAUAUGACGCUGAUUAAGUGUGGAUGCGUUGCGUUUUACAUGCCCAGAGAAAAAACUUCGCCCAUAUGCGGUAACGAAAAAACUGAGUGCAUUAAAGUAGUAAGAAAUAAUAUGAAUACCAGGAAACUUGAGUUGUCUAUUGAUGAUAAUCGUUAUGGAAAAGAGUACAACGAGUGUGGUUGUCAGCCAAUGUGCACUUUGUAUAAUUAUGAUACUGAGAUUACAGAAAUUGAAUACGAUAGACGUAAAGAAUACGAAUCAUUGGGAAUAGUAAGUCCUGAUGAAAAUGGACGCCACGCCUGGUCACAACUGGUAAUUUACUUCAAAAGCAGCUACUUCAUACCGCAUGUAAGAAGCGAACUCUACGGGCAUUUGGACUUCUUGGCCAACAUCGGAGGCCUUUUGGGACUAUUCACUGGAUUUUCUCUGCUUUCCCUUUUCGAAAUUAUCUAUUUCGUAUCUAUCAGGAUCAUCUGUAACAUUAAGUUGUAUAAAAGAUGGUACGGGGAGCAUACGCAGUAAACGUGGUUGUUUCGAUGGCAUCGGUUUUGGUUUUUACCGUAUAAGAAUGAGGUGAAUUGAAUAAAGAAAAUAAUGAAAAUGUUAGU